GUCUAUACUCAUAUCAGCGACACCAUGCCUAAACUCUCAACUCUGGUUGUCUCGGUCCUCUCCAUACUCAUAAUCGCCGGAGGGUCCUCUGCCACUGUCCUUCCUACGGGUCUGAGACGCGAAAUCACCGUGCCCUACUGUGAAGACAACUCCGACCAUCUGAUUUCCGUUUUCCGUCGCGAAGGUCAUGAUGACAACAGCGAUACCAACCGCGAAGAAGUUGGCGAUUCCGCUCAAGUAGAUCUAGCAGCUGCCCAAUGCAACAGCAAUUUCCAUUGCCACCUUGGCCAGAUUUGCGAAAGGGGCAACUGUGUCACUGGUUGUGGAACCAAUAUGGAUUGCUCUCACUUUCAUAUCUGCGCCAAUGGAACCUGCAAAGACAGCCGUGGCGGCCCAUGCUCCCCAAAUAGAAGCACCUGUUCUUUCCACGCUGACUGCUGCUCUGGCCGAUGCAAACGUUGGGGUGGUCUCAUCGGGAGGAAGAAAUGCAGGGGGUCUAGGAAGUAGCGGAGUUUCUCCUCUCGGCCGUUCCGACGGAAAUUAUGGGGGGAGCAGUGGCUUGGGGGUGCUUCUUGAC